GCGGGAACCAAACAAAUGGUAGAUAUGGUAAAUCUGACUUUGAAUUGAUUUUACAUUUUUAUCUCCAAAAUGACUUCGUCCUCCUGCUGUUGGGUAAAGAAAACAAUAAAUGGACCUGUCCCAGCUCCAAGGCAGGGUCAUGCAGCAGCGGUUGUUGACAAGAAGGCGUACAUCUUUGGUGGUAGCAGUGGGAGUUGGUUUGGUGGCGAACACAGUGAAUCCACUAGUGACCCUGUUUACUUGAAUGACCUGUUUGUUCUUAAAAUUGGAAUACAGGUCACCUGGGAAAGAUUGCAACAACUGGGAGAUAUUCCUUGUGUAAGGGACGGACACACUUUGAGUGCUGUUGGUACUGUUCUCUAUCUUUUUGGUGGAUCAAAUUAUCCAGAAUCUGAUGAAUGUUUAGAUGGGUUGUAUGCCUAUGAUAUUGGGACAUUAUCUUGGGAGUUGUGUCCAACUCAAGGAUGUCAACCCAAAGCCUUAGGACACACAACCGCAGUAGUGGGAGACACAUUGUAUAUAUUUGGAGGAAUUUAUCAUGGGAAUGCCACAAAUACUCUCUAUAUGCUGAACACAGGGAAUUUAACAUGGACUCCUCUAAAAGCAUCUGGAAACCCUCCCUCACCCAGCUAAACUGAAAUGGAAGAAACUUCAAUGUUCCGGUGAAGGACCUGACAGAAGACACGGGCAUAUUGCUGUGAUGAUUUACGGACAGCUCAUAAUUUUUGGCGGAAUGGAUGACCAGAAGGAUUUUGAUGAUGUUUGCAUAUUGCAGACACGUGCUGCCUUGAAGUACCUCCCCCAAGAAAUGACAGAAACAGACGUACUGUCGUCAUCUCUGUCCAGUGGCGGUAGUGAUAUGUUAGGCCCCCCGACAUCUUACGAUUUGUCGAUACAAGUUCCUGCACCGUACAGACCUGUUAUUCCUGCGGUUACCGAGCCUGCUAAACCCCCUGAGUUUGAUGAUGUGAAAGCGUCGUUCACCAAACGAGUUGAAGAGAUUUUUGAAGAUCUUUCAAACAAGUAUGCGGAGGUUCAAACACAGAGGGAAGCGUUGAAGAACGCGGUGGAAGCUUUCCAAGAAGAAAGGACAUCACAUAUUGAGUUGUAUGAGAAACAACAGAAGGAGCUGGAGGACAUGAUAAACAAACACAGAGUAGAAAACGAGGAAUGGAUAAACGCACGGAAACAAGAACUUGAGGAGGAAAGACAUAGAUUAGAAUUGGAAAAGGGUCAAUUGGUUGAAGAAAGGGAAAGACUUCGAAAGGAAAAGAUAGAAUUUGGCGAAAAAAUUGAAGCUAUCGAAAAGCUCGGUGGUGGAGCCAACCAUCUAUUGAAUGGAGUUAGCUAAACACAGAAUCAUUCAAUAAUACAUUGGAGCGCUUUUCGACUGACUGUCGUAAAACCGAAACCAUAACAAUCACAACGACCAAUCAGAAGAAAGGAAAAUACCUUAAAGAGCCAAUGAGAACUCAGAGUACAACCGACAAAACUUUCUAAAGCGCGGGAAAACGCGGGCGACGAAGUCGUGACUGGUAUCAGUUUUGCUUUUGAUUGGUUGAGAGAAUGGCGCAAAUUUGCGGGACCAAUCAAAACGAAUAAAAAAAGCGACAACAACAAACAAUCACGGAUUACUUUCCGACCCUUGAUUGGAAUUUGCUCCAUCUAGACUAUCAACGAAAUUAACUAAGUAGAGGAUUCCACCAAGUGAAUCGAAACACCUCACAGAAAAGCACUUCAAUGACGCUUUACAUGUAAUAAAGCACAAAUAUUUGUUUAUAACGA